AUGGAGAGGAUGCAGAGAGAUGGAGAGGUGGACCACCUGGAGCAACCAAGCCCUCUGACUGACAAGGAGAAGGUGAUGAUCCAGGACUCUUGGGCAAAAGUCUACCAGAACUGUGAUGACGUUGGGGUGGCCAUACUGGUCAGGCUGUUUGUGAACUUCCCCUCAUCCAAGCAGUACUUCAGCGACUUCAAGCACAUCGAGGAGCCGGAGGAGCUGGAGAGGAGCGUCCAGCUUAGGAAGCAUGCUCGCAAAGUCAUGAGCGCCAUCAACACGCUGGUGGAGAGCCUUGACGACUCAGACAAGGUGGCCUCGGUGCUGAAGCUGGUGGGCAGGGCCCACGCACUCCGACACAAGGUGGAGCCUGUGUACUUUAAGAUCCUGAGUGGCUUGAUACUGGAAGUGCUAGGAGAAGAGUUUUCAGAGGUUGUGACAACAGAAGUGGCUGCGGCAUGGACCAAACUCCUGGCUAACCUCUGCUGCAUCAUCACAGCUGUCUACAAGGAAGUGGGCUGGACUAAGCUCUCGACCGCAACCGGGUGAAGCUUUUAAUCUGGGUUUGUCGGACCACGAGCGCCCAUUUUUUUAGGCCACGGCCUCAUAAAACGGAUGAGUUGACUGUACUGACCAUUGAAGUGAAGCGAUGUAUCUUUACUCAAGUUUUCUGACAAAUCGUGGGGAAUACAGUUUAAGUAAUCUGAGAUUAUCAUGGGCUAUGGAACAUAUUCUCCACAUGAGGGCAGCCACUGUGCCCUUUUCAUGGCUAAUUGUGAGUGUGUGUGUGUGUGUGUGUGUGUGAGAGAGAGAGAGAGAGAGAGAGACCUGAAGGAAAAGCUCUCUAAUUUGUUGUUUUAUACUCUUGUAAAGGACCAAACCAUUUAAAGGAGAGAGCAAAGAGGAAGAAAACAUGAACCCAGAAGUGAACAAGAGGUCACAUUUGACUUGGAUGUGCCUUCGACCGAAUGUGCAUGUCUAGAAACUGCCGUGUCAAUUAUCAUGUGAUGUUUUUUCUGACGUCUCCUUUUAUCAGUCUGUAUCCACU